AUGAUAUUUCAAGUGGUGUUUGCAAUAGUACUGUUUCUCCAAGAUACGGUAGCUGGACCAGCUACGGAGGACGAAAAAUCGACUCACUUGCUAGAUUUCGAUAUCACAAGCUCUUUCAAUGAGGCUGGUAGAAGAAUAAUCUCAAUCAACGAUCAUGCCAAUACUUACGGGCCGACCAUCAGGGUUAAGGCGGGAGAGGAAAUUAACCUUAAAGUACAGAACCAUAUUUGCACAGCCGAAGAGGCUCUACUAGGCGACCAGGACCUCUUAUGGCGUGAAUUCUGCGAUACUGCUCUGCAUUUCCAUGGGCUGGUUCCUAUAGGAAAUGAAAAUGAUGGCGUACCUGGACUGGUUCAAGCUGCCAUCAAGACUGGGGAUACCUACUGGUAUAAUUUCACCAUACCUGCGAACGCCUGUGGCACGUUUUGGUACCACUCACACUCUAGCGUUCAGUAUGGUGACGGCCUCAGAGGUGUCGUGGUUGUAGAAUGCCCUGAGUAUGACUCCUUGGCAAGAUCAAUCGCCAGUAGUGCAGGAAUAGACGAGGCUGAAACGCCCGGCCCAUUCGAAAUAGAUGAAACAGAGACUAGCCGCUCGGGCCUGGCGAUAGAGGAGCAAAUAAUAACUCUCUCCGAUUGGUACACCGAGUUUGAUCUCGAUGUUAUGCGCGAUGAAGUUAUGGCAUAUGAUGGGACCACUGAUCCGCAUAUAGACGGCUCGCUAAUCAAUGGUUCCGGGGAACAAGACAUGGAGAUCACACUCAGAGAAGAUACAGAGGUCAUAGUACUGAGAAUAAUAAAUUCCGGCAUGUCUGGAACGCAGGUUUUCCACCUCGAGGAUCACAAAAUGAUCAUUAUGGAAACCGAUGGGAUAUUGGUGAAGCCAUACGUUGUAGAAACAGUGAGCAUGGCGGUGGGGCAGAGGCUCACUGUAAUGGUCCAUCUGAGUCAAGACGUCAUAAACGGCAAUAAGGCUCUGAAAAUUGUGAACGGUUGUAACAAGAUGAUGGGCUACAUCACAAAGACAGCCUGGUUUGUGAAACAGAAGGGUGCUAACGCUAAAAAUAAUGCGGAAGUCAACAUCAAAUAUCUCCCUGGGCUCAAUAAGCACGAGCUGUAUCGCGAACUCGAGCCCCACGACAGCGAAGAAAUCACUGGUCUCUGGGGAGACGACGAUAUCCAGAGAGUUGAAUUGGAAUACUCCUACCACUCCGACAAGGAGACCAAGCACAGGUUCCAAACCGGGAUGUACAAGGUCAACGGCAAAGUCUUCGACGAGUACUACGCAGACCCCGUCAUCCUGAAAAGUGGCCAGGUGGCGGAGCUCAUAAUAAAUGCCAGAGACCACAUGAGACACCCAUGGCAUCUCCAUGGCCAACCGUUCCAGGUUGUGUCCCUUGGUGCCGGCCGUGAGGGCCCUCUAAGCUUACGCUCCCCCGACACUGCCGCUGGCCGCAGAUACCAAGAGGAUCUACAGUUUUGGCGAGACAACAAGCGCACUCCCAUGACCAGAGACAGCAUCAACAUCCCCGGCAACUCCUACGCGGCCCUCAGAAUAAAGUCCGAGUUUGAAGGCAAGUGGCUACUCCAUUGUCAUGUCGACUGGCACAUGGCGAAAGGCCUCGGCGUCGUGCUAGAAAUACUCCCCGGCAACGCAACGAACAGCGCUCAAACUCCUACAGGGAAACCAGAGGCCCCGACGCAUCCUACACAUCGAUUCAAGGUCCUCCUGAUCUACUUCCUCGUCAUGGUUGCCAUCAACGCUGCUCUCUAUAGGCUGCUGAUGUGA